AUGGAUGGCCGCCCUUCUUUGUCGAACCGCCCCUUUCCGCCUUUUAGCCAGGCUAACUGUGUAAAUGGCAAAGCGACAGCAGCAUUUGCUAACUUUGCUGCAGCAGCAACAAAGGCCAAAGCACAGCCAGCCAUCAGCCAACAAAUACUACAUAAAUGUAUCUGUAUCUAUAGCUAUAUCUAUCUAAGCGAUGGCCGUGCAUUGUAUUGCAGUUACGUGCUCGAUGGUCCAGCAAAAUGGCGAAGCGAACAAAAAUCUGUGAAACAAAAUCAACAAAGAAGUCCUAGAAGAACAGCGGGGGUCCUCUCGUUUGGAAAAUCUUGA